GUACAUAUAAUCAUCUCUCGAAUUAAUUAAGAUUGCAAAAAUCUUGAAAAUGAUCUUGAUCAAUGUUAUAGGUCCUUUAUCUACGGACGUCCCUCUCCUAUGGAAUGGCAUAUGUAGAAAAAAAUGACUAAUGGCUAUUCUUGUCAAAUUAUAAGUCACACACAAAUUAAACAAAUUAAAGCAAAACAAAAAUAUCCUCUUGUGUUUUCUUUCUCCUCAUCGCUAUUUUUCUUUGUGUGUGUGGGAUUGAUUCUUGUUUCAAGCCAUCCUCUUCAUCAACCCAUCAACCUCAUUUGUAAAAAAAAACUUGAAAGAAGAAGAAGGAGCAACUUUUAAAAUGGAGGAUGAUUAUAGUAGGAUCUUGAUCCUUCUUCAAAUCUAAGAUCAAUAUUUCCCUUAAAAGAACAAUGCCUGUGCCAGAUCCAGGGGCGGGGCGAGUAUUCAUCUUUCUCAUUACCUUAUUUCUUUUCCUAUCAAUAGCUGUCGGAGGUGGUUGUCUGAUUGCAUACACAAUCCUCCCUUAUCCUCCAGUUUGGCUCUCUUACCUCGGCAUUUUCUUUGUUUGUCUCCCUUGGUCAUUUUGGAUCCUAACCUUUGCAUACCGCAUUGUCUCCCGCACUUUUGGGUUUAGGAUGGUCAUUGGAUCAGGUGGUAAUAACAACAAUGCGACCGGAGAGUCCAAUGCACGUGAUAUUGAUCCUCCUGAGCAAUCUUUAGAGGCUCAUGAUGAUGAUCCUGAGGCGAUAGCUCACCCACAAGGUCAAGUUGAAGGGAACCAAUCGAAGAAAAGAAUGUCAACCUCCAGCAAUUCUACUGUCGAUUCACAUGAAAGUGAGAUGCCACUAGCAAUUUCUAUGGGUUCAUGAUCAAAUAUGUUUUGAUAUGAAAAAGGGAUCUUGAUAUAGAUAGCAUCAUGAUGGAGAUGCUAAGCAGCCUCUUGGAAACAUGGGAGAUUUUGCUGUUUUUAUUUUGUAUCUUAUACAAAUAGAUUUGUAGAUUCGACAAAAAAGAAGGAAAAUUACACCUUUUACCAUUACUAAAGGUUUUCCUAAAACACAAGCCCUAAAAAUCAAGAGAGAAAUGUUUGUUACAAAGGGGUAUAGAUUAAGAUGUUUUUGGGUGUGGUACAUGCGUAAUGCUGAUAUGACGUUAUAGGGUAGAUUAACGUUUGAGAUUCAUGAAAUUUAUGUACCUUUUGUAUAUAUCUAUAACUAGUUUGUUAAUAUAAUUAUUGUUGUGAAGCCUUCGAUUUUAGGGCUAACACUUGGAGUUUUUUUUAACCUGACUUACAAGCCAAGAUAUCGGAUGCUGGCGUAUGCAAAUGGCUCACUUUAUAACAAUGGUGGAACCAAUAUUAUACUUACAUCCCCUGUAUUUUAUUUGAAGAUCUUUUAAAAAAUUGUAACCUCAAUUUUGUAUCAAUUACAAAAUAAAUUUGUUUAAGUGUCAACUCCUAACAACACCACUUUGCUUCACUAUAAUGAAUUUGAAUAAAUGUUAGUCCAACCUUAUAUUUGCUAGGAAAAAUUAGUAUCCCCUAUAUAUUAUGUCCAUGUUAUACCACUUUUAUUAUCGCUAAAAUGAAUCACACCUCAAAUCAAUUAUUUUGUGUCGAAGCAUUAUAAAAU